AUAUAGCCGGUCUACUGCUGUCGUCUCCUUCUCUCGCUCUAGCGCCUCCUAAUAAACCCUAGAGCUUUUUUGCUCUCAUCGGCUGUUCAGAAAUUUAGGAUUUGCGUGGAAAUUCAUCGAAAGAACCAUGUUGGUCUACCAGGAUAUCCUCUCGGGUGAUGAGCUCCUGUCAGACUCAUUCCCAGCUACAGAAAUUGAAAAUGGCAUGCUGUUGGAAGUUCAAGGAAAGUGGGUAGUCCAAGGUGCUAUAACUGUUGAUAUUGGCGCAAACCCUUCAGCUGAUGGCGCUGAUGAAGGUGAGGGUGUAGAUGACCAAGCUAUUAAGGUGGUCGAUAUUGUUGACACCUUCCGUCUUCAGGAGCAACCUGCUUUCGAUAAGAAGCAGUUUGUCACCUUUAUGAAACGCUAUAUCAAGAACCUAACACCCAAAUUGGACGCGGAGAAGCAAAACUUAUUCAAGAAACAUAUCGAGUCUGCCACUAAAUUUCUGCUUUCAAAGCUCAGCGACUUGCAAUUCUUCGUGGGUGAAAGCAUGCAUGAUGAUGGAGGUUUGGUCUUCGCCUACUACAAGGAAGGUGCUACUGAUCCAACAUUCUUAUACUUUGCUUAUGGACUAAAGGAGAUCAAAUGCUGAAUGAUUGUCUUUCACCUCUCCUGUGUUGUUGUAGGUCCCGUCUUUAUAUUUAUUUGAUGUUGCUUUUGGAAAUUUUGUUUUGACUUUUGACGUCGAUUGUUUGGAUAUGAUGCACUCAUUUUUGUCUUUUAAACUCGUAAUUGUGUGCUUUUGCGGU